UUGAACCCGGAAACAAAACCUUUCCUCAGAGAUCAUUUCCUGCAGAUCACAUUUGUUUCUACAUUUUGUAAGAAAUGGCGGACAUGGAUGAAUUGUUCGGGAGUGAUGGGGACAGCGACAAUGAGCAGCGAGAGUCUGGCUCUGGGUCCGGUUCAGACUCAGAGCAGGAGAGACCUCGAUCUGCAAGCAACGCCUCAGGGAGCGGCAGCGACAGUGAGAGGGAACGGGAUGAUGAUGAGGAGGGAGGAAAACCCAGUAUCAAUAAGGAGCUGUUCGGAGACGACAGUGAGGAUGAGCAGCGCAGUCAGCGCAGUCAACGAAGUCAGCGCAGUCAGCGCAGUCCGCACAGUCCACACAGUCAGCGCAGCGGCAGCGACAACCAGUCUGAGCGGUCAGGGAACCAAUCAGACGCCAGCAUGCACUCAGACCAGGGUGAUCACUCUGAAGCUGAGCAGCACAGCGGCUCAGAGCAGGGACAUCGAGACGAUGAUGAAGAUGAGGAGGACAGGGGCCACAGGUCUGACAGAGGAAGCCCCGCUGGCAGUGGGAUGUCUGGAGCAGGAAGUCCUCGCUCUGAGAGGGGCAGUGUGCGCUCGGACAGAAGCGUGCACAGCGACCCCGGGACCCCGCAGUCAGCACCCGGUACCCCUCACUCUGAGGCAGAAGCUUCUGGAAGAGAGAACCAAUCAGAUGAUGAGAAAUGGGAAGGGGGAGUUAAGAGCGACCAAUCAGAGGACGAGGAGGAGAAACGCCGUUACUCUGAUGAAGAAAGAGAGAACUCUGAUGACGAGGGGCCGAGGAACAGGAAGCCAGAGUCUGCAAAGGGCAGCGAUAGUGAAGACGAUUUCCUCCGACAGAAAACCAAAGCAAAGCUGGCCUCUGAUUCAGACUCGGACAGUGAUGUUGGAACAAAGAAACAAAAGGCAUCAGCAGCAGACGACCUGUUUGGAGAAGCAGAUGACAUCUCUUCUGACAGCGACGCAGACAAGCCUCCAACUCCAGGACAGCCUCUGGAUACAGAGGACGGGAUGGAAGGCGAUCACCCAGAAGAGGAACCUGCGCCUGAAACCCGUAUUGAAGUAGAGAUCCCAAAAGUCAGCACAGACCUGGGAUCUGACCUUUAUUUUGUAAAGCUUCCUAACUUCCUGUCGGUGGAGCCAAGGCCUUUUGACCCUCAGUACUAUGAGGAUGAAUUUGAGGAUGAAGAAAUGCUGGAUGAGGAGGGGCGGACGAGGCUCAAACUGAAGGUGGAGAAUACGAUUCGGUGGCGAGUUAAGAGAGACGAGGAGGGGAACGAAACACGAGAGAGUAACGCUCGUAUUGUCAAAUGGUCUGACGGCAGCAUGUCCCUCCACCUGGGGAAUGAAGUGUUUGAUGUUUACAAAGCUCCUCUCCAGGGAGACCACAACCACCUGUUCAUCAGACAGGGAACUGGACUUCAGGGACAGGCUGUAUUCAAAACCAAACUCACCUUCAGGCCCCACUCUACAGACAGCGCCACUCACAGGAAGAUGACCCUGUCCUUGGCUGACCGCUGCUCAAAAACACAGAAAAUCCGAAUCCUUCCCAUGGCCGGACGCGAUCCUGAGUCUCAUCGCAACGAAAUGAUUAAGAAAGAGGAGGAGCGUCUGCGAGCUUCCAUCCGCAGAGAGUCCCAGCAGAGGAGGAUGAGGGAGAAGCAACACCAGAGAGGCCUGAGCAGCAGCUAUCUGGAGCCCGACCGCUACGAUGACGAGGAAGAAGGAGAGGAAGCCAUCAGCCUGGCAGCAAUCAAGAGCAAAUACAAGGGAGGAGGAGGCCUGAGAGAGGAGCGAGCGAGAAUCUACUCCUCAGACAGUGAUGAAGGCUCUGAUGAUGACAAGGCCCAGAGGCUGAUGAAGGCCAAGAAGCUUGACAGUGAUGAGGAGGGUGAGGGAUCCGGCAAGAGAAAAGCAGAGGACGACGAAGAAGAAACGUCCACCAAGAAGGCAAAGAAAUAUGUGAUAAGCGAUGAAGAAGAGGAGGAGGAGGAGGGAGAGGAAGAGGGAGAGGAAGAGGAAGAGGGAGAGGGAGAGGAAGAGGGAGAGGAAGAGGGAGAGGAAGAGGGAGAGGAAGAGGGAGAGGAAGAGGGAGAGGCCGAGGAGGACGAAUAAUCCUUUUUGUUUGUUUUUUUAUCGUUCACUGUAUUAUCAGUGCUCAGAGCCCACAUGGCGUAUAAACAGCCGCAUCUUGUUUUGUAGAUUUUCUUAAGACAUAUAUGUGGGUGUGUAUGUGUGUCUGUGUGGGUGAGUGUGUGUGUGAUUGUUUAUGUUCUGUACAGCUGAGGUGAAAAUAAAGAAUGUGUUGUCUUAUGUAACUGAA